UCGGAAGUGUGCACUUCUUGCGCAGGCGUCUCUUCCGGUUCCGCGUUCUCUUCGCCGGAGUUGCUACGUGUCUUAAGAGGCCUCGUUUGGUGGCAGCGUCUGAGCGUAACGACUGUGUCUCCAGAAUUUUCAUCAUGGAUCAAGUAAUGCAAUUUGUAGAGCCCAGCCGCCAGUUUGUGAAAGAUUCCAUCAGACUUGUUAAAAGAUGCACAAAACCAGAUAGAAAAGAAUUCCAGAAGAUUGCCAUGGCAACAGCAAUAGGUUUUGCAAUAAUGGGAUUUAUUGGUUUCUUCGUAAAAUUGAUCCACAUUCCAAUCAACAAUAUUAUUGUCGGUGGCUAAACAAAUCAGGAAGACAUUACUUUGUGCAUGGUAAAAUAACAGAUCAAUGUGGACUUUCUGACUUAAUUGUCUGUAGAUCUUCCUCAUAACUUGUCAAUAUAAACCAGAUU